GGUCCUAUUUAAGAGCAAGGUUCCUUGCUCUAUGGGAGGAUUCCUCUAUGGUCCUACGGAACAUUUUGCCUGUGUGUCAAACUCGUUUUCAAUCAGUGAGUUUUGUUAACUCGUAAUCAUGUCUGAGAGUGAAAGAACCAGCUCUUCGACAAAAUCAAAGCAAUGCGGUCAGUGUGGACCAUGCCAGCUUGUGAGCGACUGUGGAAAAUGUCAUUUCUGUCUGGAUAUGAAGAAAUACGGUGGCCAGCGCAAACUGAGAAAGAAGUGUCUGUUGAAACAUUGCAUCAGAUUGGCCAGGAUUCCUCCUCCAAAUGUUGAUGUCAGCUUAGUGGAUCACUUUGGCUACACAACAAGACAUGAGAAAGAACCAGAGAAGCGCCAGCAAUCCCAGCAGGAGCCCACCAUGGAUGAGCCACAACCCAAGCGAGUCUGCUUCCCAGCAGCUGAGGAGGACUUGCCCCAUGGUAAGACUACAAGUGCCAAAUCAGCGACAGUGGAGAAAACAGCCACACAAAUCAAGGCGUUGUCAAUUGCUGAGAAGGUUCAACUCAUCACAGAAGUUGAAAACCGCGACUUGAAAAGCAAGACCAACCUCGCUAAGGAAUGGGGAAUUUCCACAUCCUCACUGUUUGCAAUCAUGGCGAAUGAGAGAAUGGUAAUGGAGCAGUUCCAAAGCCAGUCUGUCGCUCCAGACAGAAAGCGCAUGAGUCAGACAACAACCAGAGAGGUGAAGACCUUGCCAAUUGCUGAGAAGGUCAAACUUAUCAAAGAAGUUGAGAACUGCGGCUCGAAAAACAAGAUCGACAUCGCUAAGGAAUGGGGAAUUCCCACAUCCACAUUGUAUACAGUCAUUAAGGCAAAAGGAAAGGUGAUGAAGCAGUUCAGGUGCUUUCAGGUGGAAGAAGCUGUCCUGACUUGGUGCAAGGGUGCACAUGCCAUGAAUGUUGUAGUGUCAGGGCAGAUGUUUCAAGAAAAGGCAAUAUCCCUUGCCAAGAAGUUGGGCCAUCCUAACUUCAAAUGCAGCGAUGGGUGGUUGGAUCAUUUUAAAACGCGACACAACAUCACCUUCCGUGUGGUUGCUAGAGCAGGUACUGCCGAACUAUCAGAAGUAACGGAAAAUUGGUGGGAAACCUGCCUGCAUCAAGUCCUGGCAGCCUACAAACCACGGGAUAUUUUUAGUGCCGAUGAGACCGGCAUUUUUUACAGCCUUCUUCCUGACCGCUCGCUCACAUUCAAGGGGAAGGCCUACAAUGUUGGUAAGAGAGGCGAACAACGCCUGACUGCCAUGGUGUGCACCAACAUGGACGGAAGCGAGAAACUGCCCCUGCUUGUCAUUGGCAAGUCAAAGAAGCCACAAUGUUUUACAAACGUAAAUUCACUACCAAUGCAGUAUGAGGCAAACAAAACAGCAUGGAUGACGCCUGACAUAUUUGAAGCAUGGGCUCGUAACGUCGACAAACUGUACCAAAAGAAAAAGCGAAAGAUCGCUAUAAUCGUUGACAAGUGUCCUGCACAUCCCCGCAACACUGAUUUCAAGAGCAUCAAUCUGGUCUUCCGUCCCACUAUCACGACAGCCAAACUCCAGCCCAUGAAACAUGGUGUCAUUCAAAACCUGAAAACACACUACCGCCGCCUACUCAUCACAUCACUCCUUGUAGCAGUGGACAGGAAGGAGGAGUACAACCCCACCGUGUUGGAUGCUAUGAUUCUCCUCAAGAAAGCCUGGAAAAUGGUCGAAGAAACCACCAUCGCCCACUGCUUUAAACGUGCUGACUUUCGUAAAAAGAAAGCCACUGCCCGGAACACUGAAACAGCUGAGCCUGAUGCUGACAUCAACUCCGCCACUCAAGACAAGGACCUCUUUGAUCAACUGAGAGAAGCCGGGAUGGAUAUUCCGCAGGAAAUAACACUCAAAUCUUACGCCGCAGUUGACGCAGAUGUGCGAUGCACCAUGGGGCUCGCCGACGAAGCCAUCCUAGAUGCGUUAUCCUCCAGCAUAGCAGAAGUUAACAAUGUUGAAGAUGAAAAUGAAUCCCCAACCCCCCGCUCGGCUGUCUCUAUUGCAGAAGCCAUGCAAUACCUGGACAAGUUGCAAGACUUUGCUGUGCAGAAUUAUCACACUGAGGGCAUGUUAGACGCCAUCUGUGACAUCGAACAAGUCAUUGGUCGCGUUCGAAAAGAAACGGCAACACAAAAAACUUAAGGAUCACAAACUUUCUUGCAAGCACUAUACAGCUGGGACCCUGAGACUUUCCUUUUUCAAGCCCACACGGCCAGGGUUCGACCUUAACUUUUUUUCACUAGCCAGCCGGGAUACUGAAACAGACUCUUAACUAGCCCGCCGGCAUUUUGACUAGUCCACAUACAUGUUUUUCUUUGAUAGUGUCUCAUAAACAAUGUGUUUACAUGAAAAGAAAAAGUGAUCCUGAGGCAAUCUUGUCACUGUUCUUAAUAAACAGAUUAAAUAAUUUAACCUUAAACAGUUAAUGAAAUAGACACACAAAUUGAUACAGAUUUGCUUGUUUUUUUCUUCCUGUCCUUUCAUCUUUGCCAUAUCCCAAUAAUUUUUGACUCGCAAGCCAGGCUACGUAAAACCCUAGCCCCCCUAAGGGUUCCUCAGGACUACCCUGCUAAAUCCAACAGGGUCCAAUUGUUACUUCCUGCUCAAUCCAACAGAAUCCAACUGUGCCAAAGUUUUAGUGUUCUGCUGGAUCCAACCAUAGAGCUAGGACCCAAGGAGUCGGAACUCUUGGGCGAUUUACAUUUUGACCAUUAACAUUCCAAUCCCUCGGGAAUGUCCAUAGCUACAGCACUGUGACCACAAGCCUGGGCCAUUCAUUGCGUGCAUGCAAGCGGCCUUUGAACACGAUGAUCGUCGCCGCCUUUUUAGUUGGUAACCAACAACCUCCCUGUAUGCUGCAUAAUAAGUCAUGUCACGUCGCUGCUCUUUUUUGAAAAAUAUAUUUGAACACAAAAUAGGUUUUAACAACUGCGCAGUUGUUAGAUGUGAGUUAUUAAUUCAAGUUAUCGAUGUGAAGUUGUUGGUCCUUGAAAGCGCUAUCUGUCCCUGUAAUUUGAAGAUAAAUUGGAUUUUAUCAGAUAAGUUAUGUCUUUUCGGACAUUUUAAUUGGCAAUAUGUGAUUUAUGAAAUGUGAUUUUUGGGGAAAUUUCACAAGUUUUCAUACUAAAAGUAUAUAGAGCAUUUUGUUUGUCAUGAAAUGAUUGUUUCAGCGAUGUUAACCACAUUGAUAUACAGUAUCAUUCAACUGCGAACAAACACUUCAAACUCAUUCAUUUUUGGCGAUGUAUGACAACUUCGCAUGCGUAUCUACCAUGGUACUGUCUACAAAGCAAAGCAAACUCUUCUAGCAUUAGUGAGCGCGGUAUUUAAUGUGUAGAGAUUAGUGUAGUGAGCGACUGAGCAAGCUGGCCACCGUGCAGGUGCUUUCUAUUGUUGCUUCGAGCGCGGCGACCAUCGUUUUACUUUUGAAGUCUUCGAGUUCGAACUCCUUGGGCCCGAGCUCUAUGAUCCAACAGAGUCCAACUUGGCGUUAUUUAACCCAACAGAAUCCGACUCUGAAUAUGCACGUGUACAUUUGUACAAGGGGUUUACUGCUCAAUAUAACAUGUUCCAACGGGUUUAUGAUAUAGUUGGAUCCUGUUGGAUUCAGCAGGGUCAGGGUAAUAGUUUGACUAGCCAUCCGCUGAUUUAAUAAGCAUUUGGCUAGUAGGCUACCGUUUAGGUCGAACCCUGCACACGGUCUUGCGCGCUGAGCUUUAAGCUCCAUUGUGUGGCCAAAUCAGACUUGAACUGAUGUCAGGAUUGUUUUUUUAAAGUUCUGAGGUCUGUAAGGUUCACUCUUAAAUUGUAUUUUUUCUUCACAAGCCUGCCAGACUAGUGGUGCUUUAUCUAGUCAGUGGGCCUUUUUAAUGGAAUUCUUAAUGUUUCGUACCAGAAUGUUACAAGGAACAAUAUGCAGGCAUAUCAUGUACAAGUUUAUCCUGAGGCAGUCUGGGUAGAGUUUUCAACAAACAUCCGAGAAAAGCGAAAUAAAACAGACAGAAAACGA